AUGAGUUCAUCAAACCCAAAUGAAUUUUGGAAUAAAAUCAAAAAGCUUGGACCAAGAAAUACAAUAUAUAUUCCAAUGGAGGUCAUAGAUACAGAUGGAAAUAUCAUUACUAAUGAACGAGAAGUUUUAAAUAGAUGGCAAAUUGAUUUCCAAAAUUUGUAUAACGGUAGCGUGAAUACUGAUUUUUUUCAAGAUCAUUACGAUAGUUCAAGGCUAGAAAAAACAAGGUUGGAAAAUAAUAUGAAACUUCAAUCAUUCAUCUGCAAUGAAGAAUUAAAUUAUGAUAUAUCGCUGGAAGAAAUUUCUGAUAUUGUACUGCACUCUAAAUCUAAAUCUGCUAGUGGGUAUGAUGAAAUUCCAUAUAGUGUUCUAAAAUUCCCAAUGAUAAUUAAAACAUUACGUAAUCUCUUUCAACUUAUAUUUGAUUCAAGUAUCAUCCCUUCCAUCUGGAGGAAAGCUAUCAUAUGUCCUAUUCUUAAGGAUUCCUCCUCGGACAAACGCCUGCCAAUGAAUUACCGAGAUGAACAAAAUGGUUUUAGAAGAGGGAGAUCCUGUGAAGAUCACAUAGAGACAUGAUGCUGUAUAAACUUCUGUUGAAUGAUAUAAAUGGUAAAAUGUAUAACUCGA